AGUUUAUAAAUUGGCCUUUUCACUUCUGCGCCUCUGUGGACGUAAAUUCUGAAUUUUUUUUCUCUAUAUCUUGCCGUGCUCAUGCACAUGAUUUGGCGUGUGGAAAAGGAUUUGGAAAGACAGGGUUUUGGAAGGAAAUCUAGUUUUAUCCGAAGCUUGUUUUUCAAUUGGCUUGUCAGUGUGAAGUAGCAGGAAAAUUGCAAUCACAGGCAAAAAUGUCCGGUGGCAUUGCUCGCGGUCGUCUUGCAGAAGAGCGAAAGGCGUGGCGGAAGAAUCAUCCACACGGUUUUGUUGCCAGGCCUGAUUCUCAACAAGAUGGCUCCUUGAACUUGAUGGUAUGGCAGUGCAUCAUUCCAGGCAAAGCGGGGACUGACUGGGAGGGUGGAUACUUUCCACUAGCAAUCCAUUUCAGUGAGGAUUAUCCAAGUAAACCACCAAAGUGCAAAUUCCCACAAGGGUUUUUCCAUCCUAAUGUGUAUCCAUCUGGAACUGUUUGCCUAUCAAUUCUUAAUGAAGAUUCUGGAUGGCGACCAGCUAUUACUGUGAAGCAAAUACUUGUUGGCAUUCAGGACCUACUUGAUCAGCCAAAUCCAGCUGAUCCUGCUCAAACAGAUGCUUACCAACUCUAUAUGCAGGACCCCAAUGAGUAUAAGCGAAGGGUUCGCCAACAGGCAAAACAGUAUCCUCCUCCAGUAUGAGGAUCUUCUACAGUGGAGGGAGAGUAUGAGGAUUGACAAGACUUUGCUUGUCUUCAGUAUUGUGGUUUUCCCAGAUUAAUAUUAAUAUGAAGACAAUUUAUGAAAACAUGUGGUCACUUAUGUAAGAUUUUCACUCUGAAAUGACUAGACAAAUUUCAGGAAAUGUUAACUGUAUCAUACAGAUUUGUUUUUGGUUGGUAACUUGUAGGUUACCUUCAAUUGGGUGGUCCUGGACUUAAUGAAUACAAUUAGAACGGGUUUAUUUUGCC